AUGGGCAACUGGCUGGAGAUCGGUUACGAGGACGAUCAACUUGCUGGAACGGCGACGCCCGGGAGGUCGCCACCGCCGGCCUCAAACCCGCGAGCGACCUCCAGUGCCUUCGACAAAGUCGUGUACUGUUUCCGUAGGAAUUUGGAAUACAUACGCUACAGAAAUUGGUGGCAGCGGUGGGAUAGAAUGGGAAAAAACAAGCCUACGAAACAAGCCCCCGUCGGUUCAACACCGAACUUAACGGCAAAGUUGGAAUCAGUGGACAUUUCGGAUUCGGCCACUGCAUCUCCCACCACCCGAGCGGCGGUCGUUCCAGACCCUGGUCCCAGCAUCUCUGAUAUACGCGUGAACGCUGACGUCGGCCGCUCGACCAUCAGGCCGCCCAACCCCUUGCAUCCUGGGGACGACUACUAUCUAUGGGCGUGCCGUGCCAAGAGUUUUCUUCGAGGGCUGAACUCAGAAACUGCUAGCGCUUAUCUCAUCUCCCUGUUGGACGACGCGGCCCUGCGCCAGCUAAUGUCGACAGGAGUGAUGCUGGAAGAACCGGUUGAAAAGUUGUUCGAAGCCCUUCAGCGGCUUUUUGGAUACCGUCAACCUCCGGCUUUGGCGCUAGAGUCAUUCUGGAACCGGCGGCAGCACACCGGAGAGUCAGCUGACUCUUAUGUCGGCGCCCUGCGUGAGCUGUCUCUCCUGGCCUUUCCGGAAGAAUCCGCUGAGCGACGCGAGUUGGAGAUUUUGAAGAGAUUUACCCUUGGUGUGGCGAACUCUGAACUGUAUGCCAAAUUCAUACGGAAACAGUACACGAGUUUGUCGAAGGCACUGGAGGUCGCUCGCGGGUUUGAGGCCGCUGAGCUGGUUCAGAGGGAAUCGGCGUCCGCCCAAGUCUACGCG